GAUUCCAUGACUGUCACUGGCCUCCCAGGUCCGGGUUUCACGUGUGUCACUCAUAAAUGCUGUAUCUCAUCCCAAAUACCCCUCUGGCAUCAUGGUGGGGUUUCAGACCAGCUUUGGAAUUCCCUGUGCUGUGCUGUGUGUUCAUGGAUCACUUCCUGCACUGUGUUUUUUGGAGAGCCACGCUCUUACUGCUUUUCCAGCCCCUGGCUGGAUGGUUUUAGGACCCCCUCAUUGUACCUCCUCUCCUUUCCAUCUUCCCAUCUCUUCACUGCAAAUCUCUGUAUUUCUUCCCAAAGAAGAGGCUGCAGUCUGUGUUUCACACUGAGGCUCCAAACACUUUGCAGAGUCAAGAGCUGUUUCCUGGGGGAACAGCAGGGAGAGAGAGGGAUGGGGGCACAGCAAGAGGGCAUCCCCUAAAGUGGGUGAGUAGAAUAUAGGUUUGGGAAAUCUGAAGAGACAGAAAAAUGUAUUAAAAACAAUUAAUAGCUGCUCCAACCAAGGAUUUAACCUGAAACCAAAGCCUUAGGGAGGGAGGAAAUGAAGUGGCGUAUGAUUGUUAUUUUAUUGCUUAAUAUUUUUUUUUUUUAAAUAUGAUAUGCUAAAUGCAAAUAAGCAUUUGUACCAAGCAGGAGAGGGAGGGGAUGGAAGACAUGCCGGGAAAAGUGAGUGGGAUCUAGGUUUUGCAUCGUUCACUGAAUUACUGGCAGGUCUUUUGUAACAUCUGUUAAAAAUAAAACAAACAUUCAUUUCCAUUUCUCACUGCCUGAGAUGGCUCCUGAAAAAAAAUUUCAACCUGUCCAGGAAUUCGUCUUGAAAGUUGCCCUCCCUCUCCUCACGCCUCCUCCAGGGGAGAUUUCCUUCCUGGACUUCCCAGGGGCUCCAUUAGCCCCACAUUAAAGCCUUUCUACUUUGCUCUAAAACUCUCCAUCGGAGUAAAAGGAAUUCUAAUAAACCACUGGGAAGACUCUGCUAUUCACUCUUUCCAUGGAAACACGGCGCUGCCUUGGAGCAGAGCUCCUCUCGAUGGAGCCUGGGUCACGGCAGGAGGAGACCAAGGAGGGUUGCAGAGAUGGUUUCCAUUAUAAGAGACCUUUUGAGAGAAAUAAUCGCUGCUCUCCCACCAAGGAAAGCCUUGGAGAUGUCGGGGCCUCGGCACGGCGCGGGAGCGGGGCCGGCCUCGGAGGGGGUGCUGCUGGGAAUGGGAUCUGCUGGGCGCUGAGAAACUCAUUAAAACAUCUGAUCAGUGGAAAUUAAGGCACCCAGGAGUGAUUCCUCCCUCUCAGUGGGAAGGUUGGGUCCAGCAGGGUGGGUGGACCCGUGCUGUAGGAAGAGGCUACACGAGGGGGCUCGGGGGACGUGGGGUACGGGGAGGGCACGGGGUCAUGGGAGGACAGUGGUGGCUCCACGCCCAAGGCUGUGCUGCCCAGACCAAACAUCACACCACAAAAAUACAUUUUUCAAGGCCAAAAAAAGCCUGUUUGCUCUGGGAGGGGAUUUCUGGCUGUUCUCUGGGUCCCAGAUGGGAGCUGGACAAGGAGGUCAGUGGAUGGAUCCCUACCUAAAGCCACUGUGAUAUAAUUAAUUUCCAGCCUCCUCGCAGGCACAGUCAUCCCGAGUGUUGCUGUUCUGACACUAUGCUGCAAGAUGAAGGAUUUUUUUUUUUUUUUUUUUAAGCGUGAGGAAGCUCGUUAGAAAUAGCCCGAAGGGCAAAGUUAGGAAAUGAAAAUCCAUCGGAUCCGCUCGGAGCCGAUGCACAGAGCUUGAUGAGAGCUGGGGCAGGGCUGCUGCUCCUGCCUGCAAGCAGCCACCACACGUGUGGGGUGUGUGGCACCCCAGCCAGGGGACAAAAACCAUCCGUUGGGAUGGCUGGGAGUGGGGCUGAGGGAAAAUCUGCCAGGAAGAGGGAUGAAAGAAAGAUGAAUGGAAAAGAGCCAGCUUAGAGCAGCCUGUGUAGGUGCUGGGGAGGUCCUUGGACCCCAGGUUGGCCACUCAUGUCAGGGCUGGAUGAGGAGGCUGGUGGGAAAAGCAGUUUUCUCAGGAUGCCUUAUCAUUUAGGUCGAAGUGGUGAGACACCAAGGGAGCUGGAGUGCCUUUGUUUUAGCAGCUCCAGAAAUAACAUUGCUGUGAGUCAUUAUUUUUUAGCCUCUCCAGGGCAGGAGGUGUGGGGUUAGGUCCAGGGAAGCCUCCAAAGGUGAGCCCUGCUCUCAUGGCAGGGAAGAUGGGAAAAGGCUUUUUGGUGCUGGUCGUGCUGUUUUGUGGUAGCUCAGGGUGAGAUCUACUCCAGGAUGCUCUGGAUCUGGAUUUUAUCAAGGGGAUGGAAACUUUUCAAUCUGCACAACUGAGCAGCAGCAUCCUCUGUGAGCUUGGAGGUUUUAAUGAGUGAAGUUAAUUGGUGUUAUAGGUGGUGGUCUCCCACCCAGUCAGUGGUUUGGCUUAGAUAGACAUGACCGUGUCAUGCAAACAGAGGUGAUGUGGGUGUUGACGCCUCAGAAAUGCUGAGAAGUCAUGAAAUCAGCCUCUUUGAACCCGUAAAUCGUAGGUGCAGAGCUUUAAAGAUUCCAGCAAAAUAACAGUGUUUAGCAAUCAAAGUGUUUGGUGGUGAUUUAAUUUGCAUAUGGGGCUCUCUGGGGUUUGUGGUUUCAACCUUUCCCCCCACCACAGUGAGGUCAGGGUUGGAGGAGAGCAGGGAUGAGGUCUUCCUGAAAUCACAGGACUCCUGGAGGUGGGAAUUUCAAACAUACCAGAGCUGGGAAAUAACAUGGACAGACCAGAUUGUUGAAUUUAUUGGAUUGUAGAGUAAAAAUAACAAAUCCUUUAGUCUUCUGUCAAUCCCAGAGGAGAAGCUGGGGGUGACGUCCUUUGGGUCCAUCCCACCUUGGCUUUACUAGGGUGGCAGUCACGGCUCGUGAUGCCAAGCAAUGCCAGGCUCUUGUGUGUGAAGGGCAGGGCAGAUUGGUGAUUAUGGGGAAUAACACCAAGUCCCUGGAGAGCCAUGAGGUCCCAGCUUGAUUUACCAUCCUGCAGAGAGGCUUGUGUGAAGCUGGAGGUGGCUGGGAGCAUAUUGUGGUGUAUUACCCACAAACAGCCAGACUGGGUCUGCCAUGGGGAUGGGGAUGAGGAUGAGGAUGGGGAGGAAAAAGACAGGGGAGAUGAGAACAAGCAGUCUGCUUUUGCAGGUGCUGUGUCCCCUUGUGAGGUCUGGUCUGGUUUGCAGCUUGAUGGCUCCUAUCUCGAGUAAUUAACAGGGAAAAGAGAGGGCCUGGUUAUCCAUCCUUCAAGAGCAAGGGGUUGAAUUGAAAGGCAGCGCCUUGGAAGUGGAUCAAAUAGCUCUCCAGCCCCCCGCGUACGGCUCGGAAACUUGCUGCCGUGCUGCGUUAUCAAGGUGAACAGCUUUAGUUCAAUUAACGAGAGGCUCAGAGCGGAGCCGGGGGAGGAGGCAGGGCUGGGGAUUUGUGCCCUUCGGGCAGCAGCCGGAGCUCCGCGGCACCGAGCCGGUACCGACCCGGCACCGACCCGGCACCGACCCCGGUACCGACCCUGGCACCGAUCCCGGCACCGACCCGGGCACCGACCCGGCACCGACCCCGGCACCGACCCGGGCACCGACCCCGGCACCGACCCGGCACGGGUGUCCCGGUGUGCCAAGACCACCACAGCUCUGCAUCCCUUAGCGAGGGGACCAGCUCCCCCUCCUCGCCUCUGCGACGGGUUUUAUUUAUUUACCCCCUGGAAAAAAUCGGUGUGUGUAUGUAUGUGUGUGUGUGUGUGGAUGGAUGGAAGGGUUGCUUCUUUGUUAGCACCUCCCUUUCCCCCUCCUGCUAAUAAUAAACCUCCCCAAAAUCAAUCGCUGCCAGCGAUGAUUGCCACCAGCUCACCGUGCACCUCCAUCCCCGCAGAUAAUGGUGCUGGGAGCCAGCGCGCCUGGAUUUUUCCUGCCGGUCGCUGCCUGGGCUGCAGCUGGCUCCGGCACGCAGAAAGCUGCAGGUGUGAUUUGUUCAUUUGCCUCCACCUCCCCCCUUUUCCCCCCUCCUGCUCCGCUUCCCUGCCGAGCCCACCUAGCUCAUCCCACCCAGCUCAUCGCGGCGGUCAGACCCGCAUCCCACCCCGCGCCCACUCCGGCAUCUCCCCGGUGCAGUGCUGGCGGAGGGUUGGGAUGGCUGGGGCUGGAGAGAGUGUGUGCAGAGGGGAGAGGAGGGGGGGUUAAUCUGAUCCUACGAGGUUGGAAAAGGAAGAAAAAAAAAAAUCAAAACUAUAAAGAAGGCAGCAGCCUCCUCCUUUUCCUUCUCCCCCGCUCCAGAGGAUUAAGCCUACAAAAAAAAAAAAAAAAAAAAAAAAAAAGAGAGAGAAAAAAAUGUCUGCAGCUUUCUGUUGACCCUGCAUGAUGGCAUUUUUGCGCUCUGUGUGCUGCCUCUGCUGAUUGCUAUUCCUGGCACAAACACACACACACACACGCACACACACACACACACACAGCCCCAGCACGGCUCACACGGGCACGGCGAGCCCACUCCAAAAUACAAAAAAAAAAAAAAAAAAAUACAAAAACAAAACAAAAAAAAGCCCAAACCCAACCCAAAGCGGUGCCGCUCGGUGUCCCUGGGCACCCUGGUCUCUGUCGGGAGAGCUGCCAGCACCCGCUGCCGCUCGCCCUCUCCUCCACCCCACUUCUCACCUCGGUCCCCAGCUCCAGCGAGCACUUUCUGCCGGAGCCGCCCGCAGCCAGAGCCCUCCACCACUCCUACCGCUGGCAUUACAUUUUCAGGCUGGAUGCUAUAGGGCCGUUUCUAAUUACCUUAUAUCCCCUAGUGGUCUAUGAAUAAUGGAUCUAAUCUGGCUACUGUGCUCUGGAAGAGGAGGAGAGCGAGCCAGCAGGAGAGAGAGGAGAGAGCGAGGACCAUCGCAGAUAACGAGCCCGCGCCAUGCAGUCCUUUCGAGAAAGGUGUGGUUUCCAUGGCAACCAGCAGAGCUACCAGCCGACUUCACAAGAUACAUCACGCCUGGAGAAUUACAGGCAUCAAAGUCAGGCAGGGCCGAACUGCGAGCGGCAGAGGCUGGUGGCGAAGGAGUACUACAGUCAGCAGCAGCUGCCCUACGCGGGCUAUGAGAACAGCGCCGUGGAGAAAUACCACCGGGGAAACAAGCAAUUAGCGGGGCAGCAGCUGCAGGGCAGGCCAGCCUUUUCCAAUUACACUGUGCAGGAGAACAGCCCUUAUCCGGCCCGGUAUUCCGGGGACGAGAGCCUGCAGGCGUGGGGUGGCCAGCCGCAGGCACUGCCCGGCGGCGUGGCCAAGUAUGAGGACAACCUGAUGAAGAAGACAGUGGCGUUGGCGGGUGGGCGGCCGUACCAUGAGCCGGCGGCCACCUCGCUGCCCUUCCGGACUCACUUCCAGCAGCAGCCGCAGCAGCAGCAGCAGCAACAGCAGCAGCAGCAGCCGCCCGCGCUCCCCUACCCCAAGCUGCAGCGGCAGAAACUGCCCAACGAUGUCUCCUCACCCAUGCCCUUCUCACAGAGCCCUCACUUCGGGCAGCACUCCCAGUCCUUCCCUGCCUCCUCCACAUACUCCUCGGUGCCGGGGGGCAGCCAGCCGGCACACUCCUACAAGAGCUGCACGGCGCCCUCGGGGCAGCCGCCGCUGGAGCGGCCCCUGGGUAGCGCUGCCAGCCUGGCCCCCGGCCCCCGUGUGCCCAACCUGCACGGCUACCAGCCCAACCGCAUUGGCUACGAGCAGCCCCCACAGCCGCCGCCGCAGCCCCCGCAGCCGCCACCACCACAGCCCCCACAGCCACCGCAGCCCCCGCAGCCCCCACAGCCCAUGCAGGGGCGGCAUCACGCCUCAGAGACCCUCCACUACCAAAACCUGGCCAAGUACCAACAUUACAACCAGCCAGGCCAGACCUACUGCCAGGGCGAUGCGCCGCCCGUCCGGACGCCGGAGCAGUACUACCAGACCUUCAGCCCCAGCGCCAGCCACUCGCCGGCUCGCUCCGUCGGCAGGUCCCCGUCCUACAGCUCCACUCCUUCCCCUCUGAUGCCCAACCUGGAGAACUUCCAAUACAGCCAGCAGCCCCUGAGUGCUGGUGCCUUCCCGGCCGGCAUUGCUGACCACAGCCAUUUCAUGCCGCUGCUGAACCCUUCUCCCACUGACGGGACGAGCCCUGACACUCAAUCUGGGAACUGCAAAAACUUGCAGAAGGAGAAGCUGCCCGAAAACCUGCUGUCAGACCUGAGCCUGCAGAGCCUGACAGCACUCACCUCCCAGGUGGAGAACAUCUCCAACACGGUCCAGCAGCUGCUGCUCUCCAAAGCGGCUGUGCCCCAGAAAAAGGGCAUCAAGACGCCAGCAAGGACCCCUGAGCAGCUCAAGGGGCAGCACUGCAGUCCUGAGAGCAGCACCUACUCGGCAGAGCAGGUGGGGACCCCCCUGUCCGACCCACUGAGCACCCCCCAGUCUGUCCACGCUGAGACACAGGACACUGACUAUCUCAGUGGGUCAGAGGACCAGCUGGAGAGGAGUUUCCUGUACUGCAACCAGAACCGCAGCCCUGCACGAGUCAACAGCAACUCCAAGGCAAAGCCUGAGUCAGUGUCCACCUGCUCUGUGACCUCCCCAGACGACAUGUCCACCAAAUCAGAUGACUCUUUCCAGAGCAUCCACGCCACCCUGCCCCUGGAGACCUUCACCAAGUAUGUGAGCAAUGAACGGGACUGCCCUCGACUGCUCCUCAGCGCCCUGUCCCAAGAGGAGCUGGCUUCUGAGAUCAUCGUCCUGCAGGAUGCCAUCAGUGAGAAGGCAGACAAAGCCUGGGCCAACUUGCCCAUGCUGGGCAAGGAGACCACCAAGUCCCCCUUCCAGAUGGAGAACCACCGGCCCAGCCUGGACUCCAUGGUGAAAGGUGCCUGGCCCAGCCAGGGUGACUCCAGCACGCUCACUGAGCCCCUCAAGCUGGACAAAGCUUCAGGGGCCAGCACAGGGAAGGACUUUAGUGAGGAGGUGUACGAGGGUCCCCAGGUGGAGUUUCCAGCCACCGAAAGCAAGGAUGUGCUGAAGGACGCUGCCCCACUGGCCUUCAACUCCAAGCCCAGCAUCCCAGCAGCGACCUCAAGCGCGGGAGCCACUGGCUACAGCUGCUACUCAAACACCACCGCCAACUCGGUGGCAUCUGAGAAUGCCAUGGAGCAUUUUGAGUGGCCGGAGGAGAGCCUGGGUGAGGCCUGCCUGCGGUGGAAGGAUCUCCAGGCCACCGACCUCCCCAAGGGCUUGUUUCCCAGCAAAUUGGUGAGCUCCUGCAAGGAGAAAAAAAACGCCUGCGGCUUGGACCUGUGCGAUGGAGAGCAGCCAGCCAAGAGUGAGCCGGUCCAGGACUUUGGCCAGCAGGUGAUGGAGGAGGAGGAGGAGACACUGACCUAUGAUGAAGCAACAAAGGCAGACAGCGAAAGGUGGCUGCAGGAUACCCGGCACUGCUGCUCAGCUGGGGACUUUAGUGAGAUCCCCAUCAUCUCCUCGCCGGAUCUGAAGGAGUCAGACCUGGAGGCAGAGGAGUACUCCUCACUCUGUGAGCUGGCUGGCUCGGAGCAGAAGUCGGUGACAUACGAUGCCUCACCACCAAAGCCCCCGGAGAUGCCAGCUGUGCUGUCCUCCAGCGAGGUGCCUGUGUCUGCCGAGGAGACCGUCAGCACAGUGGAGAAGGAGAGCUCAGCUCCCACCCCACGCCUCUCUGGCCAGUCUGUCAUCCUCCUGGGCCCUGCUGUGGGCACGGAGACCAAGGUGAAAAGCUGGUUCAAAUCUUCCCUGCCCCACAUCCAGCCUGAGGAGGAGAAUGGCGGAGGGGAGACAUCCCACCUGGAGGCGGCCGAUGCUGAAUCCACCUCAUCGGUCAUGGUGAAGCAGCAACUCACGCCAGAAAAUGUGCUGGGAAAGAUGGAGCCUGUGUCACGGGGCAAGAGCCUCCGCAACAAGAGGGUCCACUGCCGGCUGCCAGAGGGGGAUGGCCCCGGCAGCACCGUGCUGAGUCCCUUCGAUGAGCUGCCAGCAGCCAGCAGUGUGGCCGGCGCCUGCCUGGGGCCAGACGGACAGACAGAGGUACCGAGCAAGAGCGCCCAGAGCCAAACACCGCGGUUUCCAGCCGAGGGGCUGCCAGCACGCAUGUGCACCCGCUCCUUCACCGCCCUGGCCGAGCCCCGUGCCCCUGCCCCGCUGGAGGGACUGAAGGCUCCCACGCACCAGGAGAAGCUGGGGAAGAAACCCGGCUGCAGCGUGAAGCAGCGGGUGGCUUUCAAAACCAGGAAGCGCAACAGCCGGCCGGCCCCCAGGGUGGUCCAAAACGCCAGCGAUGCCACCCUCCUGGUGCCCGGCUUGGUGGUGGCGGAGGAGGUGGCAGGGCCGACACCACUGGAGGGGGACGCGGUGGAAGCCGGGGAGAGGGACCAGCGGUCGAUGAUCCUGCGCUCCCGCACAAAGACACAGGAGGUUUUCUACACCAAGCGGCAAAGGGGCAAGCGGGCAGCUGAUGUCCGGCUGAAGAACUGCAAGGCGCCCAAGAAGCUCAUAUCCAACAACCACCUCCCAUCUGCUUUCAAGCUGCCAGCGCCGGGCAGCCCCCACAAGGAGGGCAAGGUGGGUGCCCGGAUGAAGCUGCCCAAGGCAGGGCCGGGCGUGGGGGGCAAGAUGUCAGAGCGGCCGCUGCACUCACUGAAGAGGAAGUCCACUUUCAUCUCCCCCAUCCCCACCAAGAAGAGGAACCUGGUCCUGCGGAGCAACAGUGGUGGCGUGAAGGAGGAGAAGCCAGAGGGUCCCCCCAGCCUCUUCAAGAAGAUGCCAGUGGCCAAGAAGGUGAAAGCCAAGCUGCCCACCAAGAGCUCUGGCGAAGCCAUCCUGAAGCCCCCGCUGCCGAAGGAGGCCCCUGAUGUCUGCAUCAAGAUCACCUCCCGGGCGGCCUUCCAGGAGGCCACCAAGACCAAAGUGCUGCCUCCCCGCAAGGGCCGUGGCCUCAAGCUGGAAGCCAUCGUCCAGAAGAUCACCUCUCCCAACCUGAAGAAGUUCACCUGCAAACCAGCAGCCACAGCAGUGGCAGCCACAGUAGCUGCCUAUGGCUCCUCCCUGAGCCCGGCUGGGGCGGAGCGGGUGGUGAAGCACAGUGGGCUGGCUGUGGCAGUGGGCGAUGCGAGGCUGCCCAGGCUGGGGGCGGCACAGAAGGUGCCCACGAUGCCGGUGGCUGAGCCGCUCUGCCGGAACCCCAAUGGCCGAGCACCAAAGGGGAAGCCGGGUGGUGGGAAGAAGCUGCCCCAUGAUGGCUGCCAGGGGGAGGCUUGUGGGUCAACGCCAGGGACCCAGUCCAGCCCCAAUAUGGUCGCCAAAAACAUGGGGCUCCUGCCCAAGAAGAGGAACCGCAAGGGCAAAGCAGCAGCGCUGGGCAUGGCCAAGGCACCCCUGAGCCCUGCACUGGCACCACCACUGCCCCGGGAGCGCGUAGCCGGCCCGGGUGGUGCGGAGGAGGCGCCUCGGGAGAAGAAACCAAAGACUGAGGAGAAGGAGGCGGGGAGCAGCGACGGCCCUGCGGAGGGGCGCUCCGCCGCCGGGCCGGCGCGGGGCCCGAAGCCGCGGGCCAACCACUCCAACUACAACGGCUACUCCAAGCGGCAGCGGAAGCGCCUGGGCCACGGCAAGGCCAAGGCGGUGCCGGCGCGCUGCAAGAGCCGCGGGAAGCGGCGGCGGCAGCCCCAGCAGGCCCCGCUGCUGCACCCCGCCGAGCCCGAGAUCCGCCUCAAGUACAUCUCCUGCAAGCGGCUGCGGGCGGACAGCCGCGCCCCGCCCUUCGCACCCUACGUCCGCGUAGAGCGGCGCGGAGACUUCACCACCGCCUGCACCGUCGUCAACUCGCCCGGCGACGAGGCGCGGCUGCAGCGGGGACCGGCCGGGCCGGCGCCGCGGCCGCGGGCGGCGCUGCCCGCCUCCUCCACCAUGCACAUGGGGCCGGUGGUGUCGAAGGCGCUGAGCGCCGCGUGCCUCGUCUGCUGCCUCUGCCGCAACCCCGCCAACUACAAGGACCUGGGGGACCUCUGCGGGCCCUACUACCCCGAGGACUGCCUGCCCAAGAAGAAAUCCCGGCUGAAGGAGAAGGCGCGGGCGGACGGGCCGGGCGAGGACUCGGCCGUGCCCGAGCGGGCGGCCCGCGGGCCUGAGGGCGGCUGCGGGAAGGCGGCGCGGCCUGAGGUGGCCGCCGAGGCAGCCAAGCAGAGCUCGCUGCGCUCCAGCCCGCGGGGCAUGUUCCGUCGGCUGCAGAGCUGCUACUGCUGUGACGAGAGGACAGAGGGCGAGGAGGCGGCCGAAAAGCCCCGGCGGCACGAAUGUCACAAGGGCGAGUCCCCGCCGCAGGAGCCGGCGGGUGACACGCAGGAGCACUGGCUGCACGAGGCUUGUGCCGUAUGGACCGCUGGGGUUUUCCUGGUGGCGGGGAAGCUCUAUGGGCUGCAGGAGGCUGUCAAGGUGGCUGCCGACCUGAAGUGCUCGAGCUGCCAGCAAGCAGGAGCCACCGUGGGCUGCUGCCAGAAGGGGUGUCCCCACACCUACCACUACGCGUGUGCCAUCGACACAGGCUGCUUAUUAACUGAGGAGAGCUUCUCCCUGAGAUGUCCCAAACAUAAGAGGCAGCCGGUGUAGCCCCGCGGGCACCCGCCCCGCCGCCAGCGAGGGACCGGCAGAGGAGGCAGCGCCUGGAGCAGAGCGGGGCCGGGCCGGUGUACCGGGGACCCCCCGAGCCCGCUCCGGGCGGGCGGAGCCAGCGCCGGGCUUUCCCUCCCGCCGGGUCCCGGUAAAACCCGGUCUGGAUACGCGGGGGACGGAUCGGGAUCUCCCACCCGCGAUGGCUGCACAGGGGGGCGGGGGGUGUCCGUGUUCAAGGGGGGGUCCCGGCGAUGUUGUCUUACUGUGGGGCCGCCGGACCCUCCGUGGGUCCCGGCUCUCAAUAUCACACUGAUCUGAUCUGAGAUGUUGCCUUCAGCAAACCUCAUGGUGUCUGUAUAUAGUUCAGCGAAGAAGAGGAUUAAAAAAAAAACUAAAAAAAAGACCAAAAAAAAAAGACAAAAAUGAGACAGAAAAAAGAAAAAAAAGGCAAACAACGGCCUGCUGUUUGAAACACCACUCUGCUUUUUCCGUUUUGUUCUUCCAUCUCCUGUUUGCCCCCACCCACACCCAGGGUACUGGGGAGCUAAGGGUGCUUGGUCAGGCUGGUGGGCAUCCACCAGGCUGCCCCAGCCCCUCUCCCAAAUCCCAAACCCUGACUCAUUGCACCCCCCACCCUCCCACUCCAUGUGGCACUGGCACUGCUGGGCUGGGGACACCUGGUUCCUGCUGUCCAGGACCCCCCAAAACUGCCUGUGCUUGGCUUCACCAGCACCCCUUCUGUGGCUCCUCUUGUGGGGGCUUUGCUCCCUGUGCUUGUGCUGAACCCCACAGCUCUGCGUGCUCAACUGGAGGAGGAGGAGGAGGAGGUGUUUGCUUCCUCCCUCCACAUGGGCCUGGCUCACCCCUCACUGCCCUGGGUUUGCUCAGCUCCCUCAGCUUUUGCUUCCUGGCCACCUCAGUGGGGCUGGGGGACUGCCCAACACUUUGCUGACCCCUGCCCACAUCCUCCCUUUGUGUCACCCGCACACCAACACAGGUAGCAACCAGCCCAGGGUGAACCAAAUCCAAAUCUCACCCCAAAAACAGCCACUGGCUGUACCCCAACCUCUGCAGCAUCCUGCAAAGGGGGGCACGCUGCUGCUCCCCCCCAGAGCCAGCGCCCCAUGUCCCCACCGCCUCUUGUGUCCCCUCCAUCCCACCCACCCCAAGGUUUGCUGGCCACACAAUGUCUGUUGUUUCAGCAGCUGCCUCGGACACAGGAGUGAAAAACAAAAAGAGGAGGUGAGAAAAACAAUUUUUAAAAAAGGUAGAAAUAAUAAUAAUAAUAAUAAUAAAAAAAUUAAUUUAAAGAAGAAAAAAAAAAUCCCGUGUCCUUGGCAGUGUUGCCUGAAAUCUGGCUAUUUUUAGUGACAUCUUGUACAUAUGACUGUAAAAUGGUAAACCGUGUGUAUUAUAUAUUGCCUCAUUAUAUAGUGUAUAUAUAUGUAUACAUAUACAUAUAUAUAAUAUAUAUGAAGACUGUAAAUGUUAAGACUAGUGUUCUUAUUAGUAUAUUGCUUCACACUGAAGAUUGUGUGUAACAAGCUGUUUCUAAAAGAUGUUUAUUUUCCUUAAGAGUAAAAAAACAGGUCAUUGCAUUCAGAGCGUCAAUAAAGAUACAACGAUUGUUUUGGAA